GUAGGACAGGAAAUAUGAAAAGAGCCGGGCAGAACCCAAACAGCCCCGCUGGCCAGGCCAGGCAGCAGGGAGCAAAGCAAGGGCUUUGCUUGGCUUAUCCAUCCACCCAGCCGUGAUUUUCCGGGCCUUUGGAAGCUGCAGCUCCUCGGCUGGCAGGUUUUUAAAGGGUCACACUGCUGCUUCCCUCAGGAGCAGCUCUGCAGAGGGUUUUUUGUUCCUUCCUUCUCUCCCGUGCUGUAUUUCCUGACUCCACAGUGGGAUGGGUCGGUUGCAAAAGAUUCUCAUUCCCUUUCUGGGAUUGGUUUUGGCCUUCUGGUUCUAUUCUGCGAGGGACACUUUCAAUCCGGAGAUGCUCCGGGGCAAGCGGGUGAUCGUGACGGGAGCCAGCACGGGCAUCGGCGAGCAGAUGGCAUAUCACCUGGCACGGAUGGGCUCCCACGUGCUGCUCACGGCACGGACACAGGCCCGGCUGCAGAACGUGGUGCAGCGCUGCCUGGAGCUGGGAGCAGCCUCGGCGCGCUUCGUCAGCGGCACCAUGGAGGACACGGCCUUCGCCCAGCACGUGGUGAGGGAGGCUCAGAGCUCGCUGGGAGGCCUGGACAUGCUGAUCCUUAACCAUGUUGGCGCGUCCUACUUUGGCUUUUUUGAUGGGGACGUGGAGCACGUACGAAAGCUCCUGGAAAUCAACUUCCUCAGCUACGUGGCCAUGACCACGUCAGCCCUGCCCAUGCUGAAGGAGAGCCAGGGCAGCAUCGUGGUGGUUUCAUCCAUGGCAGGUAAAGUCGGGUUCCCCUUUACCGUCCCCUACUCUGCGACUAAGUUUGCCCUGGAUGGAUUUUUCAGCUCCCUGAGGCAGGAGUUCGCCAUUCAGAGCAUUAAUGUUUCCAUCACGCUCUGCAUCCUCGGCUUCAUCGACACAGGUGAGAGCAGAGCUGUCCAGCCCUGCUCAGGGCUGAGCAUCCCCAGCCCAGCUCCUUCUGCUGCCCCCCUCAGCCUUUCACCCCUGCUGCAGCCUCUGGGGGAUCCCACCUGUCUGCCCCAAAAAACAGCCUCAAAGGCCAUUUAUUUCCCUGUGCCACGUAAAACUGGGCACUGCUUACAGGCUGGCACAGCCCAACACCCCUUCGGGUGCCCACUCUCCCCCAUCCCCAGGUAUCCCUGUUCUUCCCCAUCCCCCGGGGGUGCCCGUUCUCUCCACAUCCCCCAGAGACCCCCACUCUCCCCCAUCCCCUAGAGACCCCUGCUCUCCCUGCAUCCUCCGGAUUCCCACUCUCCCU